ACAACAAUGCUGGCAAUUUGCUCUUUUUUUCUUUCUUUUUGGCAAUAACAAAGAGGUUGGACAGAGAGGGGGGGGGGGCUCUAAAAAUCGAAAAAGAAAAACAUUUUUUCAGGGGGAAAUUGUGCUUCAUUUCAUCCGAAUGACACGUCCGUGUGGCAUCAUCAUCAGCACGAGCACGAGCUCCCAGAAACGAGCGGCAAUAAGGGUGACAACACGAGAUGUUCGGCAACAGUCGCGCGUGAGCACAUUUUGAUUUAGAAUUAUCGGGAAGGACAACAACAACAACAACACAAAAAAGAAAAAGAGAACCAACAACCGAAUGCCUGCGAAGACACCUGGAUACUCCUGAGAAAAGCGCCACCUGACAAAGAAAACUACAUUUCGACUGAUCUUUAGCCUCGAUGCGCGUGUUUCCGCACGCACUCGAAAGCAACCCGAGCCAAACGCACACUCCUCAGACUCCUCCUCCCUCCUCCUCCUCCUCCCUUCGGUUUCUCUCAUCCUCUCCCUCCCCCCCCGGUCCUCUAUGCUCAGUUCGGUGUGUGUAUCCUCUUUCAAAGGGCGCAAGGGUGGGAACAAGUCGUCCAACAAAGCAUGUUACAGCGCAGACAUGACUUGUCCGUCGGAAAGCGAGAAAAUCGUGAUAAACUGCGGGGGGGUGCGCCAUGAGACCUACCGGAGCACCCUAAAAACGCUGCCCGGCACCCGCCUGUCGUGGCUCACCGAGGCGGACGCGUUCAACAACUUCGACUACGACCCCAAAUUAGACGAGUUCUUCUUCGACCGCCACCCGUCGGUGUUUUCCUUCAUCCUGAACUAUUACCGCACCGGGAAGUUGCACUGUCCCAACGACGUGUGCGGCCCCCUGUUCGAAGAGGAGCUCGCUUUCUGGGGCAUCGACGAGACGGACGUGGAGGCGUGCUGCUGGAUGAAUUACCGACAGCACCGGGACGCGGAGGAGGCGCUGGACAGCUUCGAGAACCCGGAGCCGGGGGAACCGGACGACGAGCCGGCGCUGGGCGGCGCGGACGGGGACCUGAAGAGACUGUGCAUGCAGGAGGACGCGAGGAAAGCGGGCUGGUGGAAAACCUGGCAGCCCCGAAUAUGGGCGCUGUUUGAAGACCCCUAUUCCUCCAAAUAUGCCCGGUACGUGGCGUUCGGCUCCCUCUUCUUCAUCCUCAUCUCCAUCUCCACCUUCUGCAUGGAGACGCACGAGGCCUUCAACACCAUCCUCAACAAGACGGAGAACGUCACGGUGGGCAACACGACCCGCGAGGAGAUCGUGUACGAGGUGGUGACCGACAGCUGGCUGACUUACGUGGAGGGCGUCUGCGUCAUCUGGUUCACCAUCGAGGUCCUGCUGCGCGUCACCUUCUGCCCGGACAAGCUGGAGUUCUUCAAAAGCAGCCUGAACAUCAUCGACUUCGUCGCCAUCCUGCCCUUCUAUCUGGAGGUGGGCCUGAGCGGGCUGUCCUCCAAGGCCGCCAAGGACGUCCUGGGGUUCCUGCGCGUGGUCCGCUUCGUACGCAUCCUGCGCAUCUUCAAGCUGACGCGCCACUUCGUGGGCCUGCGCGUCCUGGGCCACACCCUGCGCGCCAGCACCAACGAGUUCCUCCUGCUCAUCAUCUUCUUGGCCCUCGGCGUGCUCAUCUUCGCCACCAUGAUCUACUACGCCGAGCGAAUCGGCGCCGACCCGGACGACCCCACGGCCAGCGCCCACACCAACUUCAAGAACAUUCCCAUCGGGUUCUGGUGGGCCGUCGUGACCAUGACCACGCUGGGCUACGGGGACAUGUACCCGGAGACGUGGUCGGGCAUGCUGGUGGGCGCUCUGUGCGCCCUGGCCGGCGUGCUGACCAUCGCCAUGCCCGUGCCGGUGAUCGUCAACAACUUCGGCAUGUACUACUCUCUGGCCAUGGCCAAACAAAAGCUGCCCAAAAAGAAAAACAAACACAUCCCCAGGGCGCCGCAGCCGGGCUCGCCCAACUACUGCAAGCCCGACGCCCUGGCCAUGGCCACUGCAUCGCCGCAAAGGCUCUUGGGAAAUGUCCUUGGUGGAGUGAUAGGGCCCGGAGGCCUUGCGGGAGACUGUCCACUGGCCCAAGAAGAAAUUAUAGAGAUCAACAGAGAUUCCAAGCAGAACGGCGACGCAGCGUCGGCCGCGCUGGCUAACGAGGACUGUCCCACCAUCGACCAGGUGCUGAGCCCGGACGAGAGGAGCCCCAUCGGGCGGGGGCCCACCCGGGAGCGCUACCAGCAGGACCGCGCCUGCUUCCUGCUCAACACCAGGGAAUUCCGCGCCACAGAUGGGAAUGUUCGGAAAGGUUGUGUCAUAUCACGCGUGUCAACAGGCUACGAAAAAUCUCACAGUCUGAAUAACAUAUCGGGAUCGUCCGGGUCAUCGCUGCGGCUCGCUCCCAUCAUUAGCCCCCCGUUUGAAACCUACGAGGCCCCGGGGCCACUGCGCCGCUGUCGCUCCCCCAUCCCCUCCAUUUUGUAGCAAAAAAACAAAAACAAAAAAGAAAGAAAAGGAUGAUCCUGAUUGGACGAUAAGACCUGCCUUGGAUCAGCUGUGGACUGGUCGCAUCGAAGCCUCCGAGCAAAAAAACAAUAGCAAUAACAUGAAAUGAACUUGAAUGUAGAAAGAAUGUCCCCUUGUCUUGUGAAUCUAAUGGUUUAUGAUGAGUCAGCUGAUGGCGGUCAAAUACGAACUGUACGCGGAUUUGAGAUCUUUAAAAGUAAUAAGAUGUGGAUGCGUUAGGCCACUGAAAUAGCAGCAGAGAUUAAAGCAAUGUCAUUAAAACAUGUGCACAGUUAAAUUAUACAAUUUAGGUUUAAGUGUGUAGGUGGACGUCCUUUUUAAAAGUUAUGGACCAAACAAGAAGCUCUCAACACUGUCCAGAGAAACAACCAUGAAAUGGAAUACUCUACUUUAUUUAACCAAAGACAUGAAUACAUUUAUAGAAAAGGUCAAUAUUAAUCUAUGUGGCCUACAGCGGAGACAUCGUUUUGGUAGUUUUGUCUAAAAAGAUCGCCUCGGCAAGUUCUAUAAGACACUUUUUACAUUGUGACAUCAUUGGACACUUUAGUUUUAUAGUUUGCACAGAGAUGUAAAAAAUGUAAACAAAACAACUCUGCUUUAAAGAAAAGACCACUAAUAUUCUACAAUGAGAGCUGUGUGAAUAAGUCUUUAAAUGUAUAGUUUAUUAUAUUGUAUCAGGAUCCCAUGUAUGCAAUUGCUACCUUCUGGUGUACAGUUGAAGGUCUAUUCUUUAGCAUUUGCAAGCAUGUUGUCUCUUAUAUUUCCACAUAUUUAUAUGCAAAUAUAACAAUCAUUGUCCCAGGCGAAAAUGGGAGUUUAAUCAAAUGCCCCCAGAAAUAUAUAUAUAUAUUAUAUACAUAAUAAUUAAUCAAAAUGUUGCAUACAUUUUUCUCAGUAAUCUUUAGGAUGAGUUUAUUUCUGAGAAGGACAUGUUUGGUUUAACUAGGAGGGAGAAGGAUGAGCUUAGCCGGAGACGGGAGACAUCGACUCACACGUCAUGCUCAUAGAUCCCGAUUGAUAAACUGUGAUUUUAUACCUGCGGACACUGAGCAUUCAAAGUUCUUUACCGUCCACAGACUGAACCGUCAGCAGAACUUUUUGUUUGUUUACGUGCAAUCGUUUUCUGACACGUCGGCUCGCGCGAUGCCGCUUGUUGGCGAAACCGAAUGACUUAAUGUCAUUUUAAUGUUUGAGCUUCACACUUCCUUAUGAACCAAAUGAGUUGAUUCUUCAUGCGUCAGGUUUGAGUUUUUAGCGUUUGAAACAGGGGGGGAAAUGACGUCCUUUUGUUGCAAACAUUAAGACCUCGCGAGUAGCUGCCUCGCUAGCUACAUGCUACACGCUAACAGCGUUUCGUCUUCCAGACAGUCUAUAGAUAGCACAAUCAGGCUAUCACAAGUUAUUUUCUUUUUUUAUGAUGUUUAAUGACUGAGUGGAACGUUAAAAAAUGCUAAUAAGGAAAGACGGAAAUUAAAUAUGAACUUCUAAAUCUGAUUUGAUUGUAUUCCGAAAGCUACUUAAAUAAUAUAUAAACUUGAGAUACAGCUAUUUAAAAAGUCACAUAUAGAUGAAUACACAAUUAACUAAAUAUCUGUUCUGCCCCAUUUUUCUUUAUUUUUUCAUUAUUUUUUGUUUAUUUUUUUGUUCAAGUGUUUGUCUAAAGCUGUUUUUAAAAAUACUAAAAGAAGAAAUGCAAUUUAUUAAUUAUGUUAAUUAUAAAAACAGUGCUUGUAUUAUACCAUUCCCUUCAGCAAUCGGUUUUAGACAAUUAACAGCUUUUAUUUUUGUAAAGGACAUUUUCCUCUGACUGGCAUCCUCACAUUUAAAUACAGCAUAUGUAAAGUUGAACUAUAAAGAUUAAAACAGUAAUAACACAUUUGUGUAUGCAAUAAACAUGCAAUUUUAUUUAACUGCUGGAAAGAAAUCCUGUGCACAUACGUAUAUAAAUAUGCAGAUCUAUUUUUAAUCACAAAAUGCACAGACUUUGUAGGCAGUCUACUUAUAAUCUUUGACUCAGCUGUUGGAGGAGUAUUACUAUGACACCAUGAGCCAUUUGUCUGAUUUCAAGUCAGUGUUACUGGUCCUUUGAACUUUUUGAUGUCGUGGCUGCCAUUUUUAAUUGUUUCAGUUUUGUAAUGUUUUUAUAUUUCUUUCUCACUUGUACUGCUCAUGUGUAUUUCAUUGUAAGGGAUGCCUUUUCUGUACUACUGAUUGUCUAAGAUUUUCCUUUGAAAAAGACACAAUGUUGUAUUUAACUGUGGUAAAUGUAGUAAGAGUAAAAUCGAGAGCAGAAACUGUGUUUUAAAAAGUGCUUUAGAGACAAAAAAAAUCUUUUGCAGGUGUAAAGAGAGUUUUUAGAGUAUUUACUUGUUUAGAGAAUUCAUAAUCCAUGGUCCCAAUCACCAUUUUGUCUAAAAUAUAUGUGCUUCCGGACUCUUCAACUCUGAGAAAAAUUUGAGAUGCAGUUUUGGUGAUUCCGGAUGAAAACUAUGACAUCACUUGAAUGUUGAGUCUGUUGUCCACUGCGCUUUGAGGAGUUUUAGUGUCUCGCUUAUAACAGAUUUAAUGCAUUGCACAUAGUUCAGACCGAACAUGCUAACAAUUCUGCUCAUGCUACAUAUUUUCACGUUUUCACCAUUACGAUGUCAGAAAAUGGCAAUGAUUUUGUGUCGUCUGAAAAUAUCUGCAACAGCAUGCCGAGCAUUUUUUAUGUGUGAUGUUGACAUAAACUAAGGGAAGGUAGGGAAACUGUGGGGUAGUAUGCGUUCGUCUCGAUUUGACUAGCAGGUGAUGUUUUGUGAAAACGUAAUGAGUACAAUUACACACAUCAAGCCCCAGAGGUCAUCUUAGUCCACACCGGCGCACUUGUGGUCUUAAAAGGACUCCAAAGUUUUGGAUGUAACAAUUUGUGAUACUUUAAAUGAUAUCCGUGUGCCACCUCAUUUGGAAUGUACAUUUUCUCUUUUCAGUUGAGGUAAAUGUCCAUCCAUCCUAAACACCUGCAGUGAAUUGUUCUUUGAUAGCACAUUUAAAUGAAAAUGGGUGUGAGGAAUAACGUAAUCUCACACAUCCCUAAUUUCAUUUCAACCUUUGUGGCUUAAGAAGUACUGUGCUUGUUUACAUUUGCUUUGUAAUGUAUCAGAAUGUCCUGAUUUUGUGGUUCUGUUGAUCGUAAAGAGUCUUCUCACACGGGUGUGGCUAAAUCAACCACUCUGACGUACACAUAGUCUAAGGCAGAUGUUGUAAGUGCCUCUAUGAGGCCCUCGUAGGCUCCGAUGUCAAUUUAGGAUUUCAUGCAAACUAGCUAGAUUUAACUAGCUGAACCUUCCAAGCAAUGCGCAAUAGGUGAGUAGUUAUUAUUGAAUAUGUACAUAUCUGUAUCUACACAUAUGAAUACAUUAAAGUCAUACAGAAUGAAUGUAUCUAUGUAUGCUUUGUGAGCGUAACCCGCGUCACUUAAACCUUGACCCUCUAACUUGGGAGAGAAAAGGAGGAAAAGUGCAAGGAGAUGGACACCAGUUAAACUAGUGUGUGUUCAGAUGUUGCCCGAAUAUGAAGCCGGACUAUUCCUUUUGACUUUGACCCACUACCAAGUGCUUAAUGGCAG